AUGGAGUAAUAAAUAGAAAUAAUUAUUUAGGAUAAAAAUUCAUUGUAAAUAAAAACUAGCACUUAGUAAAAAAGAUAUAUCAACAGUACUAACAUAAACAAAUAGCUAUUUAUUCAAGAUUCAUUUAAUUUUAAAUAGAACCAUAAGCUAGGCUUAUUAAUUCAAAAAUAGCAAUAAAUAUUUAAACUACAAUCCUAAAAAUAGAGUAGAUUUUUCAUAUUUGCUAUUUUAAAAAUUAGACCCAUUUAUAACAUAUUUAAUAUUACAAAAGAAAUUAAUUAAAAGCAAAAUAUAAAAAUGCAGGUAGAAGAAGAUAAUCUUCCUCAUCUUAGACUUUAAGAGGAAUAAAAGCAAUAAAUUGAUUAAGAAUAUGAAGCUAACUAAUCCAUACCUAUUAAUAAGCAAGUGCCGUAACUAAGUGAAGAAAAAAGAUAAAUUAUAAUUAGGAAUUAAAUUUUUGUUUUUAUUUUGACUUUUCUGGCUUAUGCAGCAAUUCACUCAACCAGAACUGCUUGGUCAGCUUCCAAACAAAGUUUAAAAGAGGAUUUGGAUGAAAAAGACGAUCAUUAUUUAGGUUUAGUAGACACCUGCUUCUUACUGUGCUAUGCUCUAUCAAUGAAAUUUUUAGGAGGUUAUUCAAGUCGUUUUUAGAUUUAGUAUUUUCUUGGCUUCGGAAUGGUAAGUGCUUCUGUCUGCUUACUAUUUAUUUACUUUAUCUGCCAAGUAAGUAUAAAUAAAGGAUUUAUUCUUUUAAUGAUGAUGCUAAAUGGUGUAAGUUAAUCAACUGGGUGGCCAUCUGUUGUUGCUUGUAUGGGAAAUUGGUUCGGAAAUGGUAAAAAAGGUCUGCUAAUGGGCAUAUGGGGUACAAAUGGUAAUGUUGGAAAUAUGAUAGGCUAUUUUAUUUAAGAUCUUGCUGUCAACGUUUUGGAUUUGAAUUGGAAAUUCGUACUUUUUAUAAUAGGUAUAUUCCUCCUAAUUAUUGGAUCUAUAGUAAUCUUUAACCUGGAGCCAUAUCCUAAUAAAUUAGGUAUAACCAAUGAAGAUUUAGAUAUAUUUUAACAGAAUCAAAAUAAAAAAUAUGGAAAUAACUAAUCUAAGAAUGGUCAAGAAAAUAACGAUGAGGAUGAUAAGCGUAAUUAAACUGUUGUUUUAGAAAUGCCUAAUAAUUAUUAUGCAUUUUAAGAUGAUUCUUAACAAAAUCAAGAAGAUAAAGAUAAAGAAGAAAAUAGUGGUGAACAUAAGUAGAUUCAUGUUUAAAAUAAAAAAAAGUAAGAUGAAAUAAGAAUGUAAGAAGAUGAUGAUGACUCUUAAUAAAAAGAUGCAGAAAAUCCUUAAUAGAAUUAACAAUAAUAAAUAAAUGUAACAGAAUCUAAUUCUAAAGAUUAAAUUGUACAUAGAAAUGAAUCACCAGUUUUGAAUAGCAAAGUAAAUCAUUAUUUAAAAAACGAAAAGUAAUAAAAUGAAGAAGAGGAAAUACCCUCUUCAAAUAACAAUAAAAAUAACAAUAAUAAUGAGAAUAACAAUGACAAUGAUGACUUAUCAGAAAAUAAUAAUGAUCGUAUUAAAAUUUACUAAGGAGGAGAUAAUUUAGCUUACUAAAGUGACAUGCCAAAUCAACAUGAAAUUGAAAACCAAGGAUAAAAAUAAAGUGACACAUAGUCAAAUAUUAUUGAAGGCUAGUCUAAAUAAGAAGAUUAGCUGAAUGUAUUCAAUGCAUGGUUAAAAGUACCGGGAUUGACAAUAUUUGCACUAACUUAAGGAGGAGCUAAAGGAACUAUCUAUGGUUUAAUGUUUUGGCUUCCUAUUUACUUGUAAGAACAUGGUUUAAAAAAUUAAGCUGCUUUUAUUUGCUCUAUGAAUGAAAUUGGUACUUUAGCAGGAGGUUUGCUUUUAGGUAUGCUUAUUGAUAAAUUUAAAAUGAAGGCUACUACUAUUAGUAUCUUUCUUAUCAUCAGCAGUUUUAUUAUGUUUAUAAUCCACUUCCUCCCUAAUGGAGUUGCUGCUCCUUACUACAUAUUCGUUUUACUUAUUGGUAUAUGCCUUGGUGGUCCUUAUACUAUGCUUGGUGGAGCUAUUGCAAUUGACCUUGCUUAGCAACCAGAGGUUAAGCACUAUAAAAAUAUUACAGCUCUUCUAGCUGGUAUUAUUGAAGGAUUUGGUUCUUUUGUUGCAGCAUUUGUCUAAAUAAUUAUUCCUUUGUUUGGCCAAAAAUAUAUUUUCCUUCUUUUUACAUUUUCAUGCUUGUUUUCAAGUUUCUUCUUGUUGAAAAAAGCCAAGGUAGAAAUAAUAGAAUCUUCUUACUACAAAUACUUUUAAAAAUGA